UGCCCUUCCCCGGGCUGGGCCGGAGAAUCAGCCAGAGUCGAGGAGGAGCCACCCUCUCCUUCCCCGCUAGGCCGAGCAGCCAAUAAGGCGCCAGGGGUCGGCAUUCAGCUCCUCCUUCCCGGGGAGAGCGGAGCCCGACGCUGAGUGUGCUGGUGGAGCGGGGGAAACAAGCGGCGGCGCAGAAAGUCUCCAGGCGCCCGUGUAGCCCGCAGCGCCGAGAGGCGAAGGGCGGCAGUGGUCGAGCGCAGCCCCUGACUGCCCGGCCACCCUACUCACAGCUCCGCCGCAGCGCGCGUAAAGAAGCCUGAAGCGCGGCUGGAGGCGGAGGAAGGAGAGAUCGAGAUCCCCUAUUAGCCGGACUUGCAGCAUUUCUCGGGGCUCCGAGGAAGCAGCCGCAAUGCCGCUUGCCCAGCUGGGAGAGGAACCUUGGCCCGACAUGGAGCUGGUGGACAUGGAGCUGGACGCGGAGAAUGGACAAGCUGCUCCAGAAGGAAAAAAGGGAGCUCUGCCAAAGGCAAAACGGAACACCACUUGGAUAGAGAAAGACAACGCGAACACAGCAGAUAAGAAUGAAGGCUGUGUCCAAGAAUAUUCUAUCACCUACCUUGUGAAAGAGGGGUCUGAGAAGGCUGAUCCAUCACAGUUUGAGCUUCUUAAAGUCCUGGGACAGGGUUCGUUUGGCAAAGUUUUCCUCGUAAGAAAAGUCACCCCACCAGACAGUGGCCACCUUUAUGCCAUGAAGGUCCUAAAGAAAGCCACCCUGAAAGUGCGUGAUCGUGUAAGAACAAAAAUGGAAAGAGACAUUUUAGUAGAAGUCAACCACCCAUUCAUCGUGAAACUCCACUAUGCUUUCCAAACCGAAGGGAAGCUAUACCUCAUCCUCGACUUCCUCAGAGGAGGAGACCUCUUCAUGCGCCUUUCCAAAGAGGUAAUGUUCACGGAGGAAGAUGUGAAAUUCUACCUUGCUGAGCUGGCACUUGGCCUCGGCCACUUGCACCGUUUGGGAAUCGUAUACCGGGACCUUAAACCAGAGAAUAUCCUCCUGGAUGACGAAGGCCACAUCAAACUCACAGACUUUGGUCUGAGCAAGGAAGCCAUUGACCAUGAGAAGAAAGCUUACUCUUUCUGUGGGACAGUGGAGUACAUGGCGCCAGAAGUGGUGAAUCGCCAAGGCCACACCCAGAGUGCUGACUGGUGGUCGUACGGGAUUUUAAUGUUUGAGAUGCUGACAGGGGCCCUGCCAUUCCAGGGGAAGGACCGGAAGGAGACAAUGACUCUCAUUCUCAAAGCAAAGCUGGGCAUGCCCCAGUUUCUGAGCUCUGAAGCGCAGAGUCUCCUGCGAGCCCUUUUCAAGAGGAACCCAGCCAAUAGGUUAGGUUCUGGUUCAGAUGGGGUUGAGGAAAUAAAGCGCCACCCUUUCUAUUCCACUAUUGACUGGAAUAAACUCUUUCGCCGAGAAAUCAAGCCACCUUUCAAACCUGCCGUUGGCCAACCAGAUGAUACUUUUUAUUUUGACAAAGAGUUUACUUCACGAACGCCAAAAGACUCCCCUGGGAUUCCGCCUAGCGCAGGGGCCCACCAGCUUUUCCGAGGGUUCAGCUUUGUGGCCACUGGGUUGAAUGAGGAUGAGAAGGCCAAAUCCCCACCAGUGCCUUUGCAUUCUAUGGUACAGCAACUGCAUGGUAAGAAUCACCAGUUUAGUGACGGCUACGUGGUGAAGGAGGCCAUUGGCGUAGGUUCCUACUCGGUGUGCAAGCGCUGCAUUCACAAGGCAACGGGAACAGAAUAUGCUGUCAAGGUGAUUGACAAGAGUAAGCAGGAUCCCUCGGAGGAGAUUGAGAUACUCCUACGGUAUGGACAGCACCCAAAUAUCAUCACCCUGAAGGAUGUGUAUGACGAUGGCAAGCAUGUUUACCUGGUGACCGACUUAAUGAGAGGAGGGGAGCUGCUGGAUCGGAUCCUCAAGCAGAAGUGCUUCUCUGAAAGGGAGGCCAGCUCUGUCCUGCACACGAUCUGCAAGACUGUGGAAUAUCUUCACUCGCAAGGCGUGGUCCACAGAGACUUGAAACCUAGCAACAUCCUCUAUGUAGAUGAAUCUGGCAACCCAGAGUCUAUUCGCAUUUGUGACUUCGGCUUCGCCAAGCAGCUGAGGGCAGACAAUGGGCUCCUCAUGACCCCUUGCUAUACUGCCAAUUUUGUGGCUCCAGAGGUAUUGAAGCGACAAGGUUAUGAUGAAGCCUGUGAUAUCUGGAGCUUAGGGAUCCUCCUCUACACAAUGUUGGCAGGGUACACCCCAUUUGCAAAUGGGCCCGGCGACACCCCUGAGGAGAUCCUCAUGCGAAUAGGUGGGGGAAAGUUCUCCCUCAAAGGGGGGAAUUGGGACACAGUUUCGGACGCAGCCAAGGACCUGGUAUCGAAGAUGCUCCACGUUGAUCCUCAUCAACGCCUGACAGCCAAACAAGUCCUCCAGCACUUGUGGAUAACCCAGAAGGACAAGUUGCCCCAGAGCCAGUUAAAUCACCAGGAUGUACAGCUUGUAAAGGGCGCUAUGGCUGCCACGUACUCCGCACUGAAUAACUCAAAGCCAGGACCCCAGCUGAAACCCAUCGAGUUUUCCUUCUUGGCUCAGAGGCGGGUCAAGAAGCUCCCGUCUACCACACUGUGACAUGGGAAUGUUGGGCUCUCUCUCUCUCUCUCUCUCUCUCACACACACACACCCAGUGCUGCUUCCUGACUGCACAAGCUGCUCUGGACAUCCGGAGGAGCUGGAAAAUAUCACCCCAGCUAGAAGUCGACUUUGAAGCACUUCCUCAAAUGCACAUCAGGCCCAAGUGCCUUCAGGAAGACUAGCUCUUGCUAUCCCUGUGGAUUUCUUUUUUGUUUGUUUGUUUUAAAUGUACAGAGAGACUGUAAAGAGAGUACAGAGAGACUGUAAAGCGAUCUAUAUAGGUGAAUGACAGAAUUUGAACUUGCAGCAGUCCGUGGCGUGAUGCUAGUGACACAGGCAAUCUCCUCCACUUGCAAAAAAAGGCACCUUGGGCAAGUUGAUGGCCCUGCAAUGCAAACCUGGUUCAGCUGGAACAGCAUUCGCUCCUCCCCUCUCACCAAGGUCACUCUCAUGGGGUGGCUUGUUUGUUCUUAGGAUCCCCUCUGUUUGUGCAGACUCUCUCUCUUUUACAUAAUCUAUGAGUUAUUGUGUGCAUGAGCUUCUUGAACUUCAUGCUUCCUAUCCUCCAGGCCAUGUGGCUGCUAUCCAAUAAGAUUUCAAACUUCUUGUUCCCCCCCUCCUUCCCCAUUUGGACAUCACAAUGUCAUGGACACUCUCCCACUUGGCAGGGUUCUGGGAUUACUCCUUUUUCUAUAUCCUUGAAUCCAGUUGACUCCUAGACCUCUGCCGGAUUAUAUCUAGCUUUUGAACGUGUAAUGGGCUUGUAAGAAACUUUUCCCACUGUGAAAAUAUCAUUAUUUUUUAGGUGGGGGGUUGUCUUUGGUUUUUAAAAACUAUCAAAUAGCACAAUCCAGAGCCUCAUGAUGCAAAGUGCAAAAAAUCAGCUUUUUAAUUAUUUAACUGAUUCUGUGGCUGGUAACUCAGGGUUUCUGUCCGAAUUUUCAAAUAAAACAUACCAUGCAGUUGAA